UUAAAUUAUUCAUGUGCAGAAGAGUAAUGACUUUACUUUUUACUUUAACGUGUUUGACAGAAUUAGUGUUUUUUCGAAAAAGUUUAUUAAGAAAAACAAAAUGAAAGCUCUGUUGACUGACCAUCCAGUGGGGCCAGUCGCUGUACCUCAGUUGAUUCAAUCUGUACAUAUGCACAUUGUUUUCAAUUAGAAAUACAAAAAAAGGACCCAGAUCAUCUGACCCCAGCGUCGUGUCUAUGAAGAGUGACGCAUCAAUGGAGUUUCCAUUAAUGUUUCAAAAGACAGAUGUAAUAAGAUCAUCUGACCCCAGCGUCAUGUCUAUGAAGAGUGACACGUCAAUGGAGUUUCCAUUAAUGUUUCGAAAGACAAAUGAAAAAAGAGAGAGACAUGACACAUCAAAUCCUUCCACAUCGAAGUUGGAAGCUGAAUCACAGCCUUUAGUGAUGGAGUGCAAAGAGCAUCAGAGUAGUACCGAAGGUGUGGUACAGAAAAUAAUGAAAAAGCUCAAAUCGAAAAUGCAGAGCAAGUUUCAGAUGAUUAACGAGGGAAUGUCAGUGUAUGGAAACUUAAGACAUCUAAAUGAGAUUUACACAGAGCUCUACAUCACAUCAGAUUGUGAGUGUGGACACAUCAAUAAGGAACAUGAGAUCAGACGUGUUGAAAAGGCAUGUAGGAGACUAAUAACAGAGGAGUCCAUCAAUUAUAAUGACAUAUUUGAAGCCUUACCUGGAGAUGAGAAACCCAUCAGAGCUGUGCUAACAGAAGGCAUUGCUGGAAUUGGGAAAACAGUUUCUGUUCAGAAGUUUGUUCUGGACUGGGCUGAAGGAAAAGCAAAUCAGGAUUUGGACUUUAUUUUUCCAUUUAACUUCAGGGAGUUGAAUUUUAAGAAACAAGAACAUCUCAGUUUGUUGGAGCUUCUCCACUUUUUCUUCCCAGAAACCAAAGAACAUAAAAUAGACUUUAAUCGUUACAAAACGAUGUUCAUCUUCGAUGGACUGGACGAGUCUCGUAUUUCUCUGGAUUUCAUAAGCAGUAAAAUGUUGACUGAUCCAACAGAAUCAGCUUCAAUAGACACUCUGUUAACAAACCUUAUUAACAGGAAUCUACUUCCAUCUGCAAUUCUCUGGAUAACAUCUCGACCAGCAGCAUCCAGUCAGAUUCCUGCUGUUUAUAUUGACAGAGUAACAGAGGUACGAGGCUUCAAUGACCCUCAGAAAGAUGAGUACUUCCUGAAAAGGAUCAGAGAUCAAAUCCUGGCUAAUAAAAUAAUCUCACACCUAAAGUCAACUCAGAGUCUUUAUAUUAUGUGCCACAUUCCAGUCUUCUGCUGGAUUUCAUCGAAUGUUCUUGAGGGAAUGUUCAGUGAAGCAGAAAGUGGAGAGAUCCCAAAGACCCUGACUCAAAUGUUCACACAUUUCCUGAUCUUACAGAUCAAACGUGGAUCCCAAAAGUACAAAAAAUGUGAAAUGAAUCCUGAACAGAUUGCAGACAUUGUAUUUAAACUGGGAAAGCUUGCGUUCCAGCAGCUGGAGAAAGGAAACCUGAUCUUUUAUGUAGACGACAUCAUUGAGUGUGGGAUUGAUGUCCAAAAGGCCACGGUGUACUCAGGGGUUUGCACUCAGAUCUUUAUUGAGGAAGUCACUUCACACCUGGGGAAAGUGUACAGCUUUGUGCAUCUGAGUGUUCAGGAGCAUCUUGCAGCUAUGUAUGUAUUUCUCUCAUGUGUCAAUGGAAAUCUCUCAAAACAACAAACCCCUGAAAUCUUCGGCCUCUCCAGCAAAGCAACACUGAUAGACCUUCUAAAGACAGCAGUAGACAAGGCCUUACAGAGUAAGAAUGGACACUUGGACCAUUUCCUCCGCUUCCUCAUGGGUCUCUCACUGGAGUCUAAUUCAAUUCUCUUCCAGUGCCUACUGACAGAGACAGGACGCAGCUCUCUGAGCAAAGAUGCUGCUGUCACAAACAAGGAAAUAACAACGUACAUCAAGGAGAAGAUUAGAGAGAAUCCAACAGAAUGCAAAACCAUCAAUCUGUUCUUUUGUCUGAAUGAACUGAAUGACCAGUCUCUGGUACAGGAAGUUCAAGCCUUUUUGAAUAAAAGAGAAAAUUAUCGACUCCGUGGAGUCCAACUUUCUCCAGUUCAGUGGUCAGCUCUGGUUUUCUUGCUGCUGAACUCAGAAGAGGAGAUAGAAGAGUUCAACCUACAGAAGUAUGAAGCAUCUGAUGAGUGUCUGAUGAACUUGUACCCAGUUGUCACUGCAUCCAGAAAAGCUCUGCUGUGUGAUAGUAAUCUCACAAAGAUAAGCUGCAGAGUUCUGGCUGAAAACGUUCUCAUAGCAGACUCGUCAUGUCUGAGAGAGCUGGACCUGAGUGAUAAUAAACUGCAGGAUUCGGGAGUCAAACUGCUUUGUCUUGGGUUGAAGAACAAAAAGUGUAGAUUGGAAAUCUUACGGCUGCGUAACUGUAACAUUACAGACGAAGGCUGUGACGAUCUUGCUGCAGCUCUGAUGUCAGAGUCACACCUGAGAGAACUCGAUCUGAGAGAUAAUGCUUUAGGGGACCAGGGAGUGAAACUGCUAACUGAUAUAAAGGAAGAUGCAAAGUACACACUGGAGAAGUUGGAGUCUGUCUUUAUUCUUGACGAACACAACAAAACACAGCACACACCUGUGAAAAUGAGUUCCCCUGAUGGCGUUAUAGAUGGGAGACACCGGAAUGGAAGGUCUGUCUCACCUGAACCCAGCGCUGUGUCUAUGAGAAGUCAGCAGUCAAUGGGAGCAGAAAUAGUGUUUCAACAAGCAGAGGAAGAAAGUCUUCUUCUUCAAAAGAGCUUCGAGUCCCCUGAACCCAGCGCUGUGUCUAUGAAGAGUGAGCAAUCAAUGGGAGCAGAAAUAGUGUUUAAGGGAGCGAAAGAAAGGGCCACAGAGUCCCCUGAACCCAGUGUUGUGUCUAUGAAGAGUCAGCAAUCAAUGGGAGCAGAAAUAGUGUUUCAGAGAGAGAAAGAAAAAAAUAAACAUGGCAUAUCAGAUCCCUUGAUGGUGCUCAAUGCUGAUUCCCUGGACUUGAACAAAGAGCAUCAGAGCAGUAAUGAAGAACUGAACCAUGUGUGGAAGAAAAGAUUCAAAUCAAAAAUGCAGAGCAAGUUUCAGACAAUAAACGAGGGAAUCUCAAUGUAUGGAAACUUAAGACUUCUAAAUGAGAUUUACACAGAACUCUACAUCACAUCAGAUACUGGGUUUGGACACGUAAAUGAUGAACAUGAGGUCAAAUGUGUUGAAAAGUCACAUAGGAGACUAAUAACAGAGGAGUCCAUCAAUUAUAAUGACAUAUUUAAAGCCUUACCUGGAGAUGAGAAACCCAUCAGAGCUGUGCUAACAGAAGGCAUUGCUGGAAUUGGGAAAACAGUUUCUGUUCAGAAGUUUGUUCUGGACUGGGCUGAAGGAAAAGCUAAUCAGGAUUUGGACUUUAUUUUUUCAUUUAACUUCAGGGAGUUGAAUUUUAAGAAACAAGAACAUCUCAGUUUGUUGGAGCUUCUCCACUUUUUUUUCCCAGACACCAAAGAACAUAAAAUAGACUUUCAUCGUUACAAAAUCUUGUUCAUCUUCGAUGGACUGGACGAGUCUCGUUUUUCUCUGGAUUUCACAAACAGUAAAAUGUUGACUGUUCCAACAGAAUCAGCUUCAAUCGACACUCUGUUAACAAACCUUAUUAACAGGAAUCUGCUUCCAUCUGCAUUUCUCUGGAUAACAUCUCGACCAGCAGCAUCCAGUCAGAUUCCUGCUGUUUAUAUUGACAGAGUAACAGAGGUACGAGGCUUCAAUGACCCUCAGAAAGAUGAGUACUUCCUGAAAAGGAUCAGAGAUCAAACCCUGGCUAAUAAAAUAAUCUCACACCUAAAGUCAACUCAGAGUCUUUAUAUUAUGUGCCACAUUCCAGUCUUCUGCUGGAUUUCAUCAACUGUUCUUGAGGGAAUGUUCAGUGAAGCAGAAAGUGGAGAGAUCCCAAAGACCCUGACUCAAAUGUUCACACAUUUUCUGAUCUUACAGAUCAAACGUGGAUCCCAAAAGUACAAAAAAUGUGAAAUGAAUCCUGAACAGAUUGCAGACAUUGUAUUUAAACUGGGAAAGCUGGCGUUCCAGCAGCUGGAGAAAGGAAACCUGAUCUUUUAUGUGGACGACAUCAUUGAGUGUGGCAUUGAUGUCCACGAGGCCACGAUGUACUCAGGGGUUUGCACUCAGAUCUUUAUUGAGGAAAUCACUUCACUCCUGGGGAAAGUGUACAGCUUUGUGCAUAUGAGUGUUCAGGAGCAUCUUGCAGCUAUGUAUGUAUUUCUCUCAUGUGUCAAUGGAAAUCUCUCAAAACAACAAACCCCUGAAAUCUUCGGCCUCUCCAGCAAAGCAACACUGAUAGACCUUCUAAAGACAGCAGUAGACAAGGCCUUACAGAGAAAGAAUGGACACCUGGACCUUUUCCUCCGCUUCCUCAUGGGUCUCUCACUGGAGUCUAAUUCAGCUUUCUUCCAGUGCCUACUGACGGAGACAGGACGCAGCUCUCUGAGCAAAGAUGCCGCUGUCACAAACAAGGACAUAACCACGUACAUCAAGGAGAAGAUUAGAAAGAAUCCAGCAGAAUGCAAAACCAUCAAUCUGUUCUAUUGUCUGAAUGAACUGAAUGACCAGUCUCUGGUACAGGAAGUUCAAGCCUUUUUGAAUAAAAGAGAAAAUUAUCGACUCCGUGGAGUCCAACUUUCUCCAAUUCAGUGGUCAGCUCUGGUUUUCUUGUUGCUGAACUCAGAAGAGGAUCGAGAAGAGUUCAACCUACAGAAGUAUGCAGCAUCGGAUGAGUGUCUGAAGAACAUGUACUUACUUAUCGUUGCAUCCAGAAAAGUACUGCUGUGUGACUGUAACCUUACAAAGAAAAGUUGUAAAAGUCUGGCCAAUGGUCUCAGCUCAGAAUGUUCCUGUGUGAGAGAGCUGGACCUGAGUGAUAAUAAACUACAGGAUUCAGGAGUCAAACUGCUUGCUGAUGGGCUAAAGAAUCCACAGUGUAAAUUAGAGAUCCUACGACUUGGUGACUGUGGUCUCACUGAGAAAUGCUGUGCAGAUAUUGCUUCAGUUCUUUCCUCUACGUCAUCAUGUCUAACAGAGUUGCGUCUCAGCCGCAAUAAACUGGGGGAUUCAGGAGUAAAGCGGCUCUCAGAGGCCCUGCAGAGCCCGAACUGUAAACUAAAGACACUGAGGAUGAAUUGCUGUAACAUUACAGAGGAAGGAUUUACUGCUUUGAUUUCAGCUUUGAGGUUGAACCCAUCUCACCUGAGGGUGCUGGAUGUGGGGAGAAACAAAGCAGGACAGACAGGCCUUGACUUGCUCUCUGAGUUCUUAAAGGAAGAAAGCUGUAAACUGGAGAAAUUAAAGUUAUUUGACUGUGGCAUUACACAGGAAGGUGGGACUCAUCUGAUUUCAGCUCUAAUAUCAAACCCCACUCACCUAAGAGAACUGGAUCUGGGCUGGAAUAAAAUAGGAGACUUAGGAAUGAAAUUAAUCUCUGAUCUCCUGAAGAUUGAACUCUGUAACCUUGAGAUAUUAAAGUUGCAUGACUGUAACAUUACAAUGGAAGGCUGUGUCGCUCUUGGCGCAGCUCUGAGCUCAAACUCAACCCUGAGAGAGCUCGAUCUGAGCUGUAAUGAUUUAGGGGACCAGGGAGUCAAACUGCUAACUGAUAUAAAGGAGAAUGAAAAGUGCACACUGGAGAAGUUGGAGCUCUGAGAUCUUGUGACCUGACCUGGUGUAAGUCUUGUGGAGACAACAGCUAACACAUACUCACUCUUUCUUAGAUGUCCAUCAUCAUUCCUGACACAAUUGCUUUCUAGACUCAGAUGAGUAAUAGAUGAGUAAUAAGUUUUCCACCUUUGUAGCUAAUCAAGCAAACUUAGGUGUUUAAGUGGUGUUUGGCUUCCAGGUCAACAGAAUGCCUUCAGAAUCAUAAAGAAGCUCAGAAAUAUAUUAAAUAUAGUACAGCUGGAAACCAAGCUGCUGUUUGUGCUGUUGGUUGUAGAAGAUUUGUGUGAUUACUGCUAGUUUUAGCUUCAAUAAUGGAUUUGGAUGGAAAUAAAUGAAUGGAAAAUGUGA